AAAAACCCAAAAUUCUGUCCGGCACAGACAGCUUUCUCUUUCUUCUCUUCAAUCACUUUCCAUAAUUCAGCUUCACCAACGAUCAUUCAACGAUCUUAACCCAAACCCGAACCCGGAAACCCCAAAGUCCGAUGGCGAGCCUGUGGCGGGCCGCGACGGGCCAGGCGGAGAAGCCCAGUAACUACGACGGCGUGGAGUUCUGGUCGAACCCGGAGCGCACCGGGUGGCUGAUGAAGCAAGGCGAGUACAUCAAGACGUGGCGCCGCCGCUGGUUCGUGCUUAAGCAAGGCAAGCUCUUCUGGUUCAAGGAAUCCACCGUCACCCGCGUCUCCACGCCACGUGGCGUCAUCCCAGUGGCCAGCUGCCUCACAGUUAAGGGCGCCGAGGACGUCCUCAACAAACAGUACGCCUUCGAGCUCUCCACCCGGGCCGAGACCAUGUACUUCAUCGCCGACUCAGAGAAGGAGAAGGAGGACUGGAUCAACUCCAUCGGACGGUCCAUAGUGCAGCACUCCAGGUCGGUUACCGAUUCCGAGAUCGUCGAUUACGAUAGCAAGCGGUGAGAUUUAGCAAGCCAACUAGGUGAGCUCGGUCUUUGUAUUUUCAGUCGUGGAUAAUUUGGUGGAUUUUGUGGUGCCUGUGUCUUUGCUUUUGUAUAUUGAUUCGGAUCGUUUCUUGUGUGUGAUCUUUUGUAAGAAUACGCUCUCUGUUUGGUAAUGAUCGGUCAUCAGAUCUUCAAUUGCAGUGAAUUUCUUUUUAUGUUCAA